AUGUUACAAUGUUUCGAGUGUGAACCAAAAAAUUACAACUUUCUUAUAACAUCCGAUAAUGUUCCUUCGGCGUUUAACUGUACAAGAAUUGUUACACCAAAUAAAUUUUGUUCAUUGGAUAUUUGGACAGUUGAUAAUGGAACAAAAAGUGAUCUUCGAGUAACUGCAUUUUAUAAUCCUGAGAAAAGAGAUGUUCCCUAUGUUUUGACUGGAUUUACUCUACAUAGUAGUGGGAAUUUUUCUACGUAUAUUUUAUAUCACUGUUUAACAGAUAACUGUAAUAAUCCUGGAGUUGUUCUCAAACGUUUACUUGAAUCAACAACAACUGAAAUUAAAGCACCUAGUCGAUCAUCUGUGGAUCAAUCAAAAUUAUCAACUUCUAUCGAAUGUUUUAUCUAUUCAAAUUUUACAAAUUCAAGUGAAUGCAAACCAGCACGUCGAACAACAGAUAAAGAAGAAGGAAAUUGCUCAUUUUGUACAACAUUCAUUAAUAUUGAUCCAAACCAUUUACUAACAGAAAGAGUAUGUUGA